UCCUCCGCCAUCCUCAUCGUCGCAACGGCGAUGGCGGCCGCCGGCGACAGCAGCAGGGCGCUGAUCCCUUCGCGCGCGGCCUCCGCGGCGCCGCCGCGGCUGCGGCGGCAGAAGUGGGAGGUGGAGUACGCGCGCUACUUCGCGACGCCGCAGCGGGACCCCUCCACGCCCCCGCCGCCCGGGCUCCGCAACAUUAUCCGCGGCAAGCUCCGCCACCAGGGCACCUGGCUCCCCGCUGCCUCCCCCGCUUUGCUGUGCGUAUCCCGCCCCGGCCUCCCCUUCGCGGUCCCCAUCCUCACCGUUUCCAUCGGCGACGUCGCCUUCGAGGAGCACUUCAUGUCGAUUCUCAACUUCUCAUGGCCUCAGGUUACCUGUGUGACACAGUGCCCAAUCAGAGGUAGCAGGGUGGUGUUCGUGAGCUUUUGUGAUAAGUCCAAACAGAUUCAGAAGUUUGCUGUACGUUUCCCACAGCUCAGUGAUGCAGAGUCGUUCUUAAAUUGUGUGAAGGAAUGCUCAAGCAAAACCAUGGAUAUCAUACCAUCCGGAAGUGACUACAUGUGUGAAGAUUCAUCAGCAACUGAAUAUAUUGCUUCUAAAGGACUUCACCACAGGCCCGAUGAUGCUUCAAGCUUCGAGGAGCCAGCAUCAGAUCAUGUUACAGAGGCACCAGCGUUGAGCUACCACAAGGAACCAGAGCGGCCUGUUCUUGAACCUCUCCUUGCUAGAAACAUUGAUAACAUUUACUCUGGUUUCCCUCCUAGUUUCACUCACAUGCUGACAAAUUGUUCAACUGAGAGUGAGAAAGAUGCAGAGGAACCCUAUCCAGUGACUACAAACCAUGCUUCUCAAGAGGUGUAUGCAGUGGAUACUUCUCAUGAUAUUGCAGUUGCCACUAAAGAAACGACUGCUGAGAAAGGAAGGGAUACUGGUGAGGGAAUUGAUGCUAGUAAAGUAACAGGUGAUAUAAUGGCACGGAUAAAGACUUAUAUGACUGACGAAUCCUUUCAUGGGUAUGGUCAUGAUCGUCAGAAUCUGAUGUGCUGGUGUAACCGUUCUACUAUCAGCGGAAGUGCGUGCUAUGGUGCUGCUGCUGGUGCUGAGAGAGGGAUCUGGUCCGUUGCCCAUCAACCUGGGGAGAGGACCCAAGUGUUCAACUGCCAGCAAGGGUAUGGAACAUAUUGCUUGCUCCUGGGGUGUGGGGAAAGUAUGAAUGUCAGCUUGCCGUUUCGCGGUGGCCAUGGCAGAGCAAAGCGUGCCACGGUGCCUGCACUUGCUGGUGACUGUUCAGCCCGCCGUAGGAGGGUUCUGGCUUCUCCCAUCCGUCCGUGCAUUCUUCUCCGGGCAGGGGAACUGUGUGACGACAGUGAGAGUAUGGAAAGCCCAGAAAGCUGUGUCUUGGCUUGACAGUGAGAGUAUGGCAUGAUGAUGGCUUGGUGGUGCCUGUUAUUGGAACUUGGAAGUGCCAGGAUAGAAAAACAAUGGUGGUGAUGUUUGGAUGGCAACUGGCGCUAUUUAUGUUGCUUUCUGUGAUGUUCUACUAAACCACUAGUAUUUAUUUA